AUGUAUAUAGAAAGGACAUUGCUACAUCUAGCAUCCAAGAACAUGAAAGGCAUUGUUAAAGAAGGCACGACUGGGUUUUACAGGAACACAGAAAUGUUUUAUUCGUAUAACCUCACAUUUUACAGAUACGUUGUUGAUGUAAACGAACAAUAUCAAACGUUUAAGGCUGUAUAUGAAUUAGACAAGAAGCACGGUGUUGAUGUGAUAAUAGUUUUGCAUGAAGGAAACGUUAAAACUUCCGGUUUGAGGCCAUCUGUACCACUGAUACACUGGGGACGUACACCCAAGUAUAUAAAUGAGAGAUCUCUAGUAUACAAACAUACCAAUACAGAUUUCAAAGGAAAGGAAUUGUGUGGCGUGGUAAAGUCUACAAAUAUAAAAGAGAUAUAUUGUCUGAGCAACACAGAAGUGUUUAAAAUCCUAACGUCAAUGAAUGGAGCAACCGGAUUCAGAAAGCAGGCGAACACAUUUGACAGUAAAAACAAGCUGCCGAAAACGUUGAUAAAACAGUUCUCAAGAUGGCUUAUUGCGAGUCUCGACAACGACAGAAAUGUUGGCACAACCAUCACGGAAUGUGCAAAUGACCUUGAUAAUGUAGCAGUGAUUUCCUUUCCAAGACUUCAAGAUGAAGAUUCUCCUGCGCUACGUGGCUACGUGUGGAAGCGUGGUAAAAUUAUCAUUCAUGCUGCUAUGUUCCCAAACACAAAGUUCGGUUACAAUGGAAGGCAGUUUUUGAUAUCUACAUUGCAUUUUGUCCCCUUUGUCAUUAAAACGGAAGUAAAUGGAACAGCGAAUUAUGGAGGCAUCUGUAUGAAUCUUCUGAAAGAAUUAGCAUGGAGACUUAAUUUUACGUACACGUUAACAGAACCUCCAGAUCAAACGUGGGGGCGUCCAGGUCCAAACAAUACGUUUAAUGGAAUGAUAGGACAACUGCAAAGAGAAGAAGUUGACAUAGUUGCAGCAGAUACAACCAUUCAAAAAGAGCGGGAACUUGUAAUGGAUUUUAUGUUUCCAUUUUUCUAUGGCUAUACAUCUGUUCUGGUAAAGAAACCGGACCCAAACGCUAGAAAAUGGAGGACGCUCGUUGAUCCAUUGCAUUGGAAAGUGCUUAUGACCAUCGGGAUUUGCCUGCCGAUAAUGUCGUUCAUUUUAUCUCUUUUGGAAAAAUAUAAUCCUUUUUACGCCCGGACUGAUGAUGGUUUUGACUAUUCUUGGCUUAAUGUGUUCCAAUCGUUUAAUCAUUCACUAUGGUACAUGUACGGAACCCUGUUUGCACAAGGCAGUGUCAACUUACCUCAAUCUGUGGCGGGACGAACACUGAUUUGUUCCUGGCGGUUAUUUGCAAUAGUUAUUGUGGGAACAUAUUGUGGAAACCUUAUAGCUUUCCUUACAGUGACAAAAGAUAAACCACCGUUUGAAACCCUUGAUGAAAUGGCCGACCUAAAGGGAACAUAUCAGUGGGGCGUACAAAGAGGUACAAGCGCAGAAUUUGUUUUUGAGACUUCUAAAAGACCAGUAUUUAGACGAGUGGGGGAUGCAAUAGCUGAAUUUAGUAAGAAAGACCCAACAGUGUUAGCCGUUGAUUUUGAUGUUCAACUUGAAAAAGUUAAAAAAGGAUAUUCAUCGUUAGAAAAAAAUGUAAUAAUACAUUUCAAUUGUGACUCUGUCGUUAUGGAGUUUGAGAUGGCCAAAGAUUGCGAUCUUAUGAUGAUUAAAGACAAAUUUUUGCCUCUUAGAUAUGCGUUUGGAUUCACCAAUAAUUCACCACACGAGCAAAUAUUCACAAAGCAGAUGUUAGUUAUUCAGGAAUCUGGAUUAAUUGAAGAAUGGAAAAGACGAUGGUGGACAAAGUCAAAGGCAAUUUGUGCCGAUUCAAUAGUAACUGAAGCCAAGCCAAUCUCGAUUAUAGACGUACAGAGUGCAUUUUAUGUAGCUGCCGGUGGUGCGGUGAUUAGUUUCUGUGUUUUUGUUGUUGAAGUCAUCAUUGGAAAAUAUUGUCAUGGUCGAAUGCAAAGGAGAAAGUCUUGGAAAUUCAAACGUGAUUCGGUUAAUUGA